CUGUCUCAGUUCUGCAAUCCAGGGAGAGAGAGGGGAACUCCACUGAAAUAGUUUCAAGGUUUGGAACCACUUGGGAGAUUCUGGAUUUUGGGUAGACUUCUCCUUUAAGUGGGCGUGAUGAGCAGGCUUUUUCCCCAGGUUGUAUCUGUAUAGUUCUUCUGUCCCUCACCAAAUUAAAUGUGCCACGGUCUUCAGCGGGACUCAACACUAGACGGCCUAGUUGAUCAGUCAUGGCUCCAGAGAAAACAGCAUCCACUAAAGCCCAGGAAAAGGACAAUGUGUUUGUCAGACUCCUAAGCCUACCUGCAGUGAGCUCUACCUAUGAGGUUAUUGAGAGGACCUACACUAGCACCAAGCAGACCCACCCGCUCCUCUGCUCUGUGUGUGGGGUGUAUGAGAGGGGGGCCAGGACCGCCAGCAGUCUGGCAGUGUGGAGCAUCCAGCCUGCCAUCGACCGACUGGAGACCCAGAUUGUCGCUGCCAACAAUCUGGCCUGUAAAGGGCUGGAUCAUCUGGAGGAGAAGAUCCCAGCUCUGCAGUAUUCCCCUGAGAAGCUGGCGUCUGGCAUAGUGGAUGCAGUCACCUCUACAGUGCAGACAGCUAAGGAGGGCAUCGCCAGCCCCAUCGCUGGCACCUCAGACAAGGUGCUCAGCAUGGCAUCCAGUUGGCUCCAGUUGACCAGGAGUGCCUUCAGUGAUGGCUUUAGCAAUGUCCUGAACAGCAAGCCUGUCCACCUUGCAGGGGAGGGAGCAGACACUGCACUGACCCUGGCUGAGAGUCUGGUCAACUAUGUUCUGCCUGGAACCUCUGAAGAGACUGAGUCUGCUGCUUUGUGGGAGCAGGAGUCAGGUGUCAGUGCUCCUGGCCUUCCGCCCAGCUACCGGAGGCUUGGGGCUCUGGCCAGCACAGUGUGUCGACGUGCCUACAAUCAGACAGCCGCAACGCUCCAACACGCCAAGAGUCAAGGUCAGGACCUGGUCACACACAUCUCCGGUGUGUCUCCACUGACUGAAUAUGCCAUGAAGAACCUUGAGGCUGUGGAAACAGUGGGCCUGUUCUUUCAGAGCUCAUUGAUGGGAUUCUUCAGUUGGGAGGAGCAGAGAGACAAAGCGACAGAAGCAGAGUUUCAGAAGAGUGGUGGUGGGCUGCAGCGCCUGGUGAGUGGCGUUGGUUAUCAACUGCAGAUUAACUACAUGUCAGUUGUGUCCAGUGUGAAGAGUGCCCCUCAGACCACCUUUGACUUGGCUAAGAACGGGCUGGGUGCCCUGUUGGAGACCGUGGGCAGCGCCCGGGAUCGUGUGGUGAACAGCAUCUCCUAUUAUGUUAUGGAUUGCUCAAAGCAAGGGCAUGUCUGCGUGAUGCUGAGGGUCCCCUUGCUGGUCUACUCUGUUUCAUGAUCGGCUGUAAACUGGACAUCUCUUGAACAACUGCAGCAGGAAAUCUUCAUAAUCAAUGUACUUCCUCAUCUUAUGAGUUGGUGCUGACUGGGGGUGCCUGUGACGGGUGAUACAAUAGAUAGCCAUGGGGUAAAUUGCAUUUUGUUAUAAAGAAAGAACAAAGCUUUUUGAUAAUACACUUCCCAACCAAAAUGACUCUAUUACUUGUAUCAGCUUGACUGGGUAAUUAAUUAAAUUGCUAGUUUAUCAAACUGUGUAUUUUUUUAUACACUUUCACGUAGCACACAUUACCGUUGUUGAUGAAGCCAUCUGUGUCAUCAGGGUAGUAACUCGGGACAAGCUAAUUUGAUGCUCUACAGAUGUAGACUUGACUGUAGCCUCAGAUUGGAUUAGAUUCAGGCCGGUGACGCUGUUACAGUUUGUUGCUCCUAUUUCACUGUAUUAUUCAGCCUCAGACAUGAGUUAUCUACCACCAUAGGUGCAUCCAAUUAUUUAGUUUUGCCCUUGACAAUACAGAAUACACUUGUACGAGCUACGAACUAACUUAUGAAAACAUUAGCUAGCUAUCUAUCUAGCCUGCCUCACCUAGCAUUAUCAAAUGAUAACGUUACAUAACCAGCAAUAUAUAGACAAUACACAAACUUGUAUGAGCUAUGACCUAACUAUGUUGUAAUGAGGUAGCUAGCUAGCCUGCCUCGCUAGCUAACGUUAACUAGCCUGCCUUGCUUUAUCAAAAGAUGGAUAACCAAACACAACCAGCAAUAGCGUUAUCAAACACAUUCAACCUGAUUUCAGUUGCUUCUUCAUUAAUGAGAUAAAGGCAUGCUGUGUUCAAUAAGGAAGGGGGAUUUCCAUUGUCUGAGAAAAUUGAUCAGCUGUGGCUUGGGAAAUGUGCUAGAAAGAUAAGCAUGGAGAAAAUACCCAUUUACCUCCUGUGACUUUGCCAUUGUCCCUUGUUAGGAAUUUGAUGUAUAAUGACUAAACAAUAUCUACAUUUAAAUAGAACUAUAAUUAAUUGAACUCUACCCUGUUUUACAAUAUCUGAUUAAUAAUGUGAAUUCAUAAGGAAGGGAUUGUGUAGCAUGAAACAGGGGGUAAUUAAACAUAAUAAAUACCAUUCCAGCUAGGUUGGGGGAGGAAUGGAUUGUGGUUUUAAGUAAGCAGAAAGGAUUGUUAACCUAUGGUUGAACCGAAUCAACUUAGCUCUGGGAUGUUUAGAUAAGGCAGUGAGUUUCCUAGGUUUUCCAUUAUCUGGUGCUGUCUUCUGAAUAGUGAUAGAUGAAGGUGAGUUUUCAGCAGUUAAUCUUGAUAAGUGUGUGUCUGGAGUGAGAGAGCUCGGGGGUUGGAAUAAACUUUUGAACCUGCUUUGUCCUGGUCGAUAGGAGAAAGGACAUUUUAUAACCUAUGACGUCAUAUUUUGUAUAUAAACUGUUGUUCGUGGUUUCAUGGCAGCGAGCUCCGAGAAUAAAUACUAUUAUCUAAUUUUGAUAA